GAAACGCGGCGCCGGGAGCCGCCGGACUCCGCUCAGCGCGGCCGGGGGAGGAGGAAGAGGAGGGGCGGGGGGGGAGGCCGCAGACGUCCACGCAGGACCCGCGGCCAUGGGCAGUGCCAAGAGCGUCCCGGCCACCCCGGUGCGGCCCCCGCCGGUCAACAAGCACCUGGCUCACGUGUCGGACCCGCGCUCCCCCAGCGCCGGCAUCCUGCGCACCCCCAUCCAGGUGGAGAGUUCCCCGCAGCGGAGUCCCCCAGCCCCCGUGGAGGCGGGAGAGACGGCCGGCGCUGACCAGCCUCGGGCCGCCGACCCCCGGUCCCCCACCCCCGGCAUCAGCCGCACCCCCAUGAAGACCGGCGCGGUGGAGCCCACCGUGCUCCUGGGGAAGCAGCUGGGGGCUGAGUUGGAGGCGGAAGCCCCUGAGUUUUCCUCAACCCCCAAGCGGGCCGCGUCUUCUGCAUCCGGGGUCGCCCCGGAGGGCCCCUCCCCGCUCGCCCCUGGGCUGGGCUCGGGGGCAGAGUCGCCGCCCGCUCCUCCCCUGCACCGCCUCUCUCCGGCCGAAGGGGAUGGGCCGCCCGCCCCAGCGGGGCCCGCUCAGGCCUCGGACAAGCUCCCGCGAGGCCCGGAGACUCCUCGCUGCGCAGGUGCCAGGGGCCCCCUCAGGAAAGCCUCCGCCAAAGCCCUGGGUCGCUCCCCCCUCACCAUCCUCCACGACGACAACUCUCCCAGCCCCCUGCCCUCCCGCCAAGUAAGGAGCCGCGGGCCCGGGGGUGGGCCGGGGGGGAGGCGGACCCCGGGCCCCCUCCGGCCCUCCCCGACUCCUUCCCCUCCACCUCAGGGCAAGCGUCCCGCGGGCCCGGGCGAGAACGCGGGCGAGCGUCCCGAGCGGGUGGGGCCGGGGGCCGGGCGGCCCGUCAACGGCGCAGCGAAGGUGGCGGCCAAGAGCGCGGCGGCGGGCUGCGGCAGGGAGCGCCGACUGGACAAGGAGAACCGGCAGCACCGCCCCCUCGUCGAUAACUAGGCGGGCCGGGCCCUCCUUCCCCCCGCUUCUUUCCCGGCGUCCUCUCGGGGGGCUGCUGAUGGGGCGACCGAAGGUUGACGGCGCCGGCACCGAGUCCAGGGACGCCUAGGCUCGAUCGGCCCCCCCCCCCCCCCCCCGGGCCUUCCCGGCGGGGGGUGGGUUUCGCCCCGCCUGCUGCCCCCCGCCUUCUCCGCCAUCCCCCACACAGAAGGGCGAGGGAGGAAGGGAGUGCCGUUACCCACCCCCGCCAUCUUUCCAGGCGGACUGACCGGGAAAAGCCCCAUUUUCCCUAGCUGUGUGUGGAUGUGUAUAUAUACGCGUGGACGUGUGCGUGUGAAUAAAGACACUUCAAACCACC